GGGCAGGGGCAGUAAACUAUAUUUUGGAGCAUGCUGAAGUUGAUAUUGUUUUUGUCCAAGAUAAAAAGGUUAAACAGCUACUGGAUCCUGAAUGUACACAUACUCGACGUCUCAAGGGUGAGAAAACCUUUGAUUGUUUGCUUCACUUCCAUGGAAGAUGAGGAAAAGGAAAAGGCAGAUUCCAUUGGAAUAAAAUCAUUCUCAUGGAAUGACUUCCUUUAUAUGGGUAGCCAACAUCCAUCAGAGCUGCAGACACCUCAGCCAUCUAACAUAUGUACAAUUAUGUACACAAGUGGCACCAAUGGAGAUCCAAAAGGUGUUAUAUUGACACAUGAAAAUGCUACAACAACUAUAUUUGGGGUCGAUCUUUUUAUGAAACAAUUUGAGGAAAAGAUGACUAUAGAUGAUGUUUAUUUAUCCUUUCUGCCUCUCGCACAUAUCCUUGACCGUAUGAUUGAAGAAUACUUUUUUCGUAUGGGCGCUUCUGUUGGCUUCUAUCAUGGGGAUAUAAAUGCUAUACAAGAUGAUAUGAUUGAACUGAAACCAACAUUUUUGGCUGGGGUACCUCGUGUUUUGGAAAGAAUUUAUGAAGGUGUGUUGAAAGGACUAGAAGAACUUAAUCCAAGGCGGAGGAAAAUAUUUGACAUUCUAUAUAAUCACAAACUUAGAUGGUUUGAAAUCAGGUUAUAA